UGCGCAUUAAGAGACGCCAGCUUGCGGCAUUCGCGCACGCGCACAGCCGCCCGGCCGCGCAUCCCUUCUUCUGCCGAAAGCGCUUCGUAAGUGGUCCAGCGGUUUCAGCCAUGGCGGAGAUGGCCGAGCUUUGCGAGCUGUACGAAGAGUGCAACGACCUGCAGAUGGACGUGAUGCCGGGCGAGGGCGACCUCCCGCAGAUGGAGGUAGGCGGCGGCGGCAGCCGGGAGGUGGCCCUGAGCGCCGCCCGCGGAGGGGCCGCGCCGCUCCUGGAGGAGGAAGGCCCGAUGGAGGAGGAGGAGGGGGGCGCGCAGCCCAUGGCGGCGCCUCGCGGCCGAGCGGGCCUGGCCCGCGGGCCCAGCCCCGGGGAGCAGCCGGGCCUGGGCCUGGGCCUGGGCCUGGGCCUGGGCCUGGAGGGCGAGGACGAGGCCGAGGAGCUGGACGACUGGGAGGACGACUACGACUACCCAGAGGAGGAGCCGCUGAGCGGGGCCGGCUACCGCGUCUCGGCCGCCCUGGAGGAGGCCAACAAGAUGUUCCUGAGAACAUCCCGGGCGCGGGAGGCCGCCCUGGACGGCGGGUUCCAGAUGCACUACGAGAAGACCCCCUUCGAUCAGCUCGCCUUCAUCGAGGAGCUCUUCUCGCUGAUGGUCGUCAACCGCCUGACCGAAGAACUCGGUUGCGACGAGAUGAUUGACAGAGAGUAAAUCCCGGAUGCUGACACCAGAGGAGGACACGACUCGAGGAGAGCCCAACAUUCCGCUGUCUUUGGGGGUUAUUCCAAAUCGUUCUGUGCCAAUGAAAACACUCGGUCUCCAAACAGAAAAGUUGGUUUUUGUUUUUCAGAGUAGAAGGCAAGGACAGUGACUGCACAGUUGUGGAAAAGGAAAAGAAUCAGGAAAGAAAAAGAUCUUAGGACUGUUGACCAGUCUGCUUUCCAAGAACAGCCUGGAACACCUGUGGCUUUGACUUUGUAUUGGGGAAGAUCGCUUUCAUAUUUGUUUUGCAGUAAAGAUGGUUUUGCAAGAAUAAAUCACGACCAAUACAAGAGCCCACUGAUCCAAAUUAUGUAAUGAGUCAAAAAAAUAUGCCCACGAGAUAUGGUUGUUAUUUGGAAGAAACCCUUUUGAGAAAAGUUUUAAAUUCUAUUCUGUGAUCUAUCCAAGUUAGAGUAAUCAAAGACUAAAUUUGCAGUGUAAAAUGAAUUGAUUAUUCUUCAUAAUUCCAGAAGAAUGAGCAAACUAAAACUAAAUGUAUCACAUGUGGUGUACCCUAAAAUGUGUUUCCAAGAGCAUCUGAAAUCUUGUUUGUACAUGUAUCUUGGUCAUUUAUAAAACAACUGUGAUCUAUACUUCAGGAAAAUCCAUUGUCAUGGCUAUGGUAUUUUUAAAAGUCACAAACUAAGAUGUCUUUUAGAAAGUUUCAAAUGUAGACAUUAAAAUGUAUGUGGAAGUACAAAGAAGACAAGUUAUUUAGAAAUACCCUGAUAUACUAAGAAAAUUCUGUUUUGCUUGCUGUUUUUCAUUAACUUGACAUAUGGAAGACUUUAGCUGAAAUUCAUAUUGUAAGAACUGUUAGUGAAAAUUGUCAAGUAAUAGGAAAGCCUUAUAUCUAAAAAAUGCUAUGAACAAUUAUGUGAUUGUCCUUUGAAGGUUUUAAAUCUGUCCAGAAAUCCACCUCACUAUCUGAUUUUUCCUCUGUCGCCUCCUCUAAUUAAGAUUGUUAUUCUUUAUGCACCAGCAUUGAAGAUAAUAAAAAUUUCUUGUUCUGUG